UAUGAGAUGAUUGUUACCAAAACUUACUACAUUCAGACAUUUGUUUCAGGAAAUAUUUUACUCCUGAAGUUUUUGCUAAGUUACAAAAUGGAGACCCUCAUGGACGAAUAAACAUCAUGGCUUUAUUUAAUUACAUCAUGCGUAAAGUAUGGUAUCAUCAAACUCGUAUUGGAUUGUCAAUGUAUGAUGUAAUAGGUCAGGGUUACCUUCGGGAAGUGGACUUGGAAAAUUACAUAUUGGAGUUAAUUCCCACAUUACCACAACUAGAUGGAUUAGAGAAAUCAUUUCACAGUUUUUAUGUGUGUACAGCUGUGCGUAAAUUUCUAUUUUUCUUGGAUCCAUUACGCACAGGGAGAGUAAGAAUUCAAGAUAUACUUGCCUGCAGCUUUUUGGAUGAUUUACUUGAGUUGAGGGAUGUGGAUUUACCAAAAGAUGCUCAAGAUUCAAAUUGGUUUUCUGCUCCGUCUGCUCUGAGAGUUUAUGGACAAUAUUUAAAUUUGGAUAAGGAUCAUAAUGGCAUGCUCAAUCGUGAGGAACUUGCAGGG